AUGGAUAUUCGAGGCGAGAACGGGGCGUAUUCGAUUUGUCCAGCUUGUGAUGCUCUGGAUGUUGAUGUCCUCCAGGAGGCGUCGCUCAGAGACCAUCCCGCUGCGACCAGAGCUCCUGCUACCCGGAGCAAGGGAACCUCCUCAUCGGACGGGAAGAUCGCCUUUCAGCCACUUCCACGUGCGGCCUUCGCAAAAGGGUACGAGAGGUACUGCAUCGUGUCUCACCUGGAAGAAGCGAAGAAAUGCUUCUGGUGCGAUUCCUCGCCGCCCUUCGCCGACAACCCCGCCCUCAGCCACACCGUCGACAACCUCGUCCAUCUCUUCAAGCCCGAGUAA